AUGCUGGCAGAGGGCGCCCAACAGCGCUUCCUUCUGGCGCUGCUGUUCCUGGAAGCAGACAAGCUCGAGGCGGGUGAGAUAGCCACCGUGCUGGAGGAGUUCUGGCCCGGCGACAGCUCCCGCCUACGGCGCACGGCCUCCUCGCUGAAGAGGUACCGGUCGGACUUCCGAGCGUCCGUGGACCUGCGCGGGAUGGCCCCGGAGGUGCCACUCUUGCUGUACGUGGAUGCGACCGUGGCCCAGCUGCCUCUGGAAGCCUGCGCCUGUCUCAGGCAUCGGCAAGUCGUGCGUGGGCUUGCUCCCAACAUGACGCUGAAGGCGCUGGCCAGUGCUGCGGGCGCCAAGCCCAGGACGGGCUAUUUCAUCAUCGACCCCGCGGAGGACUGCACCAACAUGGGGGACGUGCGCCAGCUCCUGGCCCGCUGGAGUUCCGUUGGCCAGGCCUGGCACGGCCACACUGGGCAGCCGAUGCCCGCAUCGAAGGAAGUCUUGGAGGAGCUUUGCUGCAACGACGUCUUCAUCUACCUCGGCCACGGCGAGCGGGCCAGGCAGCUUCUGCGCCAGGAUGAGCUGCAGAUGGCGGGGCCUUGCAUCAAGUCUUCCUCGCAGCCGGCUUCGAGGAGAGCUCCCAAGAGUCCCUCGACGAGCCCGCAAGCGACACCACCACGAGGGGCCUUCGGUCGAUCCUGA